UUGUUGUGAGGGGAGGAGGAAGCCAUCUUGUUUUCCCCUUACUCUGGACUAUAUAGAGGAGUCUUGCAAGACGCCUAGAAGAGUGGGGUUCGGGUUUAAAGUUGCAGUCAUUCCUGCAGAGAGCAAGUUAACCUUUACACCAGUAAGAAGAGGACUGGACACGAUUCAGAACUACGGGCCACAGGAGCGGAGGCCUAAACUAAAGCCUGGCAGACCUUUUACGAUGCUUUGAUUUACCUCUUGUGUAGAGUAUGAUGAAUGGAGGAUAAAUGUUGCCCAACGCUGACAGCAGCAGUUUUGUCCUCCUCCUCUCGCUUCUCUUUACUCCGAGCCUGACGGACCCACCACGCGCAGAUCUCCGGUGUAACCAAGACCAGUUUGCCUGCCGCAGUGGUACCAUCCAGUGUAUCCCUUUCUCCUGGAAAUGUGAUGGCUGGCCUACCUGUGAAGAUGAAAGCGAUGAGAUGGACUGUCCUAGUGUAGCAGGCGAUCAGCGAAUUCACCAUGUAAAGGAGGGCACGGACAGCAGACACCCACAUGGCAGGCCUGCGGGGGACGCCACUCGUUUCCAUACUGUCAAUGUGGCUCAGCCAGUACGAUUCAGCCAAAAGUGUCCUACAGGGUGGCAUCACUAUGAGGGGACCGCGAGCUGCUACAGGGUUUAUUUAAACGCCGAGAACUACUGGGAUGCUGUGCAGACUUGUCAGCGAGUCAAUGGGUCUCUGGCCACAUUUGCCACAGAUCAGGAACUGCGGUUCAUUCUUGGAGAGGAGUGGGAUCUGGAGGAAAGAACGUUUGGGCGGAGAGACCAGCGCAGGCUUUGGGUCGGCUAUCUGUAUGUGAUUACAAACCGCAGUCACUCCUUGGAAGGCCGCUGGGAGGUUGCAUAUAAAGGCUCAACGGAGGUCUUUUUUCCACCUGAGAAGGUGCCAAUUUUUGGGACAACUAUGCCAGACCAUGAAAAUGUUUUGUGUGCGCAGCUCCAGUGCUUUCGUUUUCCAACCAUUCGUAACAAUGGCCUCCACAGCUGGUAUGCCGAGUACUGCUAUGAAAAAUCUGCUUUCCUUUGUAAAAGAAGAAACAUCAGCAACCAUGAGGGGAAAAAAGGAAGAGAAAAUAAAAAUUCUUCUUCAGUGAGGGUGAAAAAAAAAUCCAAGCCCAUGCAACACAGCCAGACCUGUGUAGAUAUUAAAGAUAACAUCGUGGAUGAGGGCUACUACUUCACUCCUAAAGGCGAUGAUCCCUGCUUGAGCUGCACGUGUCACAAUGGCGAGCCGGAGAUGUGUGUGGCUGCACUCUGUGAGCGACCCCAGGGAUGCCAACACUACCGGAAGGACCCUAAAGAGUGUUGCAAGUUCACCUGCCUUGACCAAGAUGGCAACAGCCUGUUUGACUCCAUGGCCAGCGGCAUGCGCCUCAUCGUCAGCUGCAUCUCCUCGUUUCUCAUCCUCUCGCUGCUGCUCUUCAUGGUCCACAGACUUCGCCAGCGGCGCCGCGAGAGAAUCGAGUCUCUCAUUGGAGGAAACUUGCAUCACUUUAACUUGGGUCGCAGGAUGCCUGGUUUUGACUACGGUCCUGAUGGGUUUGGCACGGGUUUGACUCCACUGCACCUCUCGGAUGAUGGAGAAGGUGGCGCGUUUCACUUUCAUGAUCCUCCUCCUCCGUAUACAGCCUUCAAAUAUCCAGAUAUUCAGCACCCGGAUGACCCUCCUCCUCCUUACGAGGCUUCUAUCAACCCUGACAGCAUGCUGUGCGUCAGCCCAGGUGGCAACGGUUCACAGGUUCAUCAAAACAUACAGCUGCCACCUCUCCCAUCAGGCAGUCUGUGCCCAGAGAUGGAGGAAACUGCGCCUUUAGAGCAGUCCUCGGAAGAGCAUGAAGACUCGAUUGACAGCAGCACACUCCUCGUGCCCCCCGAUUCACCAAACGAUGAACCCACAGUGACAGAGAGUGCAGUAAUGAGCUGCACCAGUAACUGCUCGCUGAAUACGGUCGUAUAAAACCAGGAGACGGUUUCCUUUGUCGUGUCAAUGGCAUACGCGGAGACGCCUUUUGCACAUUUGCUCUCCGGAGACCAGGAAAAGCACCGGUUGGAACAUCUAAUAUUUUUUUUAAAAGGCUUUAGUUGCAUUUCCAGACUUUUUUUUUUGGUUUCAGUACUACUUCUCCCCUCCCGUCACCUCUUUUUGUGUGUGUUGUGUUUUUUGUUUGCUUUGGCUUUUUUGUCUUGUAAAUACUAUGAAAUCCCUGCCUGUUUCCAGUGAGGAAACAAAGAGUUCUUAAAGACACUGUGGAAAAAAACGGAGCAGCUCUUGUGUCAACUGAGGAAACAAAAACUCUGAAUUUGAACGUGGAGUCUGUGACUGAAAACGCAAGGACCUAACAGUCGAGAGAAGUUGUUUACGUCUGCUUCAUACAUCCCUGUCCUGCUGCGAAGAAAACACACAAGUUAAAGAAGGCUUGAAUACGCCGGUUUUGUUUUUCCGUUUUUCUUUUGCUCUGCGUCCGAUGAACUCCUGUGAAGUCCGGCAGAAAAAAAACAUGAACCCCACCAUGUAAAGACCCUUCCCACCUUACUCUUUGUGUUGCCCAACGUAUGAUUGAUUUCUUCUUAUCCCCGGAUUUUGGAGGAAAAACAAUACACUCUGUACGUGUCGGAAGGUUGCAUUGUGCUGCAGUUUGUUUUUUCAUAAUGGACAGCAGAUCUGUGACUUUUAUCAUAACGGCGUCAUUGACCUCCUGGAUUGAAAUGUGUAGAAUAAAACGAAAGAACGGAACUCCUGGCUGUAAAAGCAUCUGUGAUGGUAACACUGAGCAGGUCGCGUGCUUCUGCUCAGCUCUGUUGUAUUGAACGUGCUCUGUAACAUCUCUGAUUUUUAUCCUGUAUGCAUUUAUUUUUUUCCAGCCCUGGAUUAUUCAAAAGCUACCCUUUUAUUUAUUAUGCAUUACAUUUCUUGUAUGUUAAGUUUGCUAUGUAUUAGUUUUAAUAUGUCACUGAAAAUGGGAGAAAAAAGUUGUAGACUGCAGAAAAUGAAUGCUUGGCAGGCUGGUAGGAGGUUUAAAAACAAACGUAUGUGUUAGUGUUGGGUUUGGAUGCGAUUGCAGUGCCAGUAUCGCUCGCUCUGCUCUGAUUGGCUGGCAGUGCUUUUCUGUGUAAUGUCCGUCUCCCCUGACCGCUGUCGCCUUGGCUCUGCUGUCUGUUUUGAAAUGUGUGCAAAUGUCAACCUGAGUCAAUGGUGAACCCCCCCGGGACGGACAUUUGUACCUGCAGCGGUGUGCACUCCCAGCCGGCCGAAAGAAUUCCAAUUGUGAUCAGUUUGACCUGUGGGGUGUGGGGCUGGACCGACAGUAUGGGGACGUUUUGAUGUAUUACAGUAUGUGUAAAGUUUACAUGGCUUGUCCAGAAACCAGCACUGCUGGCAAAGGGCAGAAAAGAUCAUGGACCCCAAUUUGUGUGUCAAUAUGGCAGAUUUCAGGAUGUGCAAAAAAAGCUCACUGGUUUGUAACAGAAACAGAAAACUGUAAAAUGUGACUGCUUUAAGAUAAGAAUACGUGUGUGUGUGUGUGUGUGUAUGUGUGUGUGCGCGCAUGUCUGCCAGGGCAGCUGACAGAAAGAACGGUACUUUGGUUUGUUUUUGUAUUGUUGUGUGUGUUUUGUCCACUGCCCCCCCCCCCCCCCCCAAACAAUGCUUGUAUUCAAGAGACAUUUUCAAAGCCCAGAGUGGACGGUUUGUUUCCAGGACCAUGAUUCUAGGUGCGGGGCUUUCUGAGGUGAGUCCACUUUUUUUUUGAAUGCAGCAGACCUGUUCUGUUAGUGGUGUGUGUUUUUAUUUUAUUUUUUCCUCUGUUUGUUUUUACAUUUAAUAUCGGGCACAGUACAGUAUUACAUGAAGCUGAGUUAACCUUAAAAGUAGCCACACAAAAAAAGUGAAGUUCUGUAUCAGAAUGCAUUAUUAGUGUGAAUGCAGCAGUGUAUUGGUUUUUAAUUUGUUGAGCACAUGUUUUCAAAUGAACUGCAGUAACAUUCGCCUGUGAAAAUGUCAGCCAACAUCUUGUGUGGACUUUCAUGUAGCAGUUGUGUUCCCUUCAUCUAUGUUGGGUUUGUCUGUCUUCCUGUUCUGGGCUCUGUAUAGACAACUGGAAUGGAAUUAUUUUUAAAAUAUUUGUAAUACAGCAGUGUAUAUAAAUGUGUGCAUUUGUUUAUACUGUAUAUUGUUUUGUUUAUGGUGAGGGGAUUUACUUUAAACUGCAGUGGCUUGUGGGUACUGAGAGGUCCUGCAGUGCUUGAGCCGUGUGACACGACUGUCUGGACUCUCUACGUGUGGACAUUGUGGCUUCAGAAAUACCUGAGCAGGUCAGACGGUGGGGGGCUCGUCACAGCACAGGGAAAUGCAUUUAUCCUAAAGAUACUUUUAUUUUAUGGCGGGUGUUUUGUAUUACAAAUAUUAAUACUGUGUACAGAAGCAGACUGAAGAUUGUCAAAUACUUCUCUCCCUCUUGUAUUGCUAAAUGACAAACGAGACACCUUAUUGAGUACGUGUGUGCAAAAAGGAAAACCAGUGAAGAAUUUGUCUGGCCUGGUGUACGAUGGCGGCGAGAGCCGAGGGUUUUAAUGUUGGGAUUGAUUUCACUUCUCAGAAGUCUUUGGUUCUAGAAUUCAUUUUGUGUCAGUUCUGCAAGAUAGGAUGUGCUGCUACUCUAAUUGCUGAUUAUUUUAUUUCUUUGUAAAUUGUCAUAAUAGUGACUGUACUCACCAUCACGUAACAUCACAGGAAAUAUUUUUACAUUUAUUGUGAUACAAGUUCUUGGCAAUCAUGCUAGUGGGCAAAAAACAAACCAACGCAGUAGUGCACCCCCUUGACGGGACACGUCUGCACUGCUGACGCCGGCCGCUGGGGUGUAAUUAGGGGUGCGAGAGCAAUUGAAAGAGGCACUUUCCAGCCCCUAAGGGGGAAAUGUUUAUCCUAAUGCCAAAUAAACCAAAUUAUGAAGACAAAUUAAUUUUGCAUUUAAUACUUGCUUU